CACCGGGCAGGCUGGAGCCCCCCUCCGAGCUCUGACACCGCGGAAACUUCGCUCCCCGCCGCGUCCCGACGCUGUCCGCCUUUAGUUCCCUCGAAAACGUCUCCGAAUCGCCUGAAGCCAUGCCCUGUGUUCAGGCUCAGUAUGGGUCCUCGCCUCAAGGAGCCAGCCCGGCCUCCCAGAGCUACAGUUACCACUCUUCAGGAGAAUACAGCUCCGAUUUCUUAACUCCGGAGUUUGUCAAGUUUAGCAUGGACCUCACCAACACCGAAAUCACUGCCACCACUUCUCUCCCCAGUUUCAGUACCUUUAUGGACAACUACAACAGCAGCUACGACGUGAAGCCUCCUUGCUUGUACCAAAUGCCCCUGUCCGGACAGCAGUCCUCCAUUAAGGUGGAAGACAUUCAGAUGCACGGCUACCAGCAGCACGGCCACCUCCCCCCCCAGCCGGACGACGUGAUGGCCCAUUCGGGCUCCGUCUACUACAAGCCCUCGUCGCCCCCGACCCCUUCCACUCCCGGCUUCCAGGUGCAGCACGGCCCCGUGUGGGACGACGCCGGCUCCCUGCACAACUUCCACCCCAACUACGUGGCCACCACGCACAUGAUCGAGCAGCGCAAAGCUCCCGUCUCCCGCCUCUCGCUCUUUUCCUUCAAGCAAUCCCCCCCGGGCACUCCCGUCUCCAGCUGUCAGAUGCGCUUCGACGGGCCCCUCCACGUGCCCAUGAACGCGGAGCCGGCCGGUCCCCACCACGGCGUGGACGGGCAGCCCUUCGCUGUGCCCAGCCCCAUCCGCAAGCAGCCGGCCAUGGCCUUCCCCGGGCUGCCGCUGGGCCACGCUCCGCAGCUGCUGGACAGCCAGGUGCCCUCGCCGCCCUCGCGGGGGUCCCCGUCCAACGAGGGGCUGUGCGCCGUCUGCGGGGACAACGCUGCCUGCCAGCACUACGGUGUGCGGACCUGCGAGGGCUGCAAGGGCUUCUUCAAGCGCACGGUGCAGAAGAACGCCAAGUACGUGUGCCUGGCCAACAAGAACUGCCCGGUGGACAAGAGGCGCCGGAACCGCUGCCAGUACUGCCGCUUCCAGAAGUGUCUGGCCGUCGGCAUGGUGAAAGAAGUGGUUCGCACAGACAGCCUCAAAGGCCGGAGGGGUCGUUUGCCAUCCAAACCGAAGAGCCCCCAGGAGCCCUCUCCCCCCUCUCCCCCGGUGAGUCUGAUCAGUGCGCUGGUGAGAGCCCAUGUCGACUCCAACCCGGCUAUGACCAGCCUGGACUAUUCCAGGUUCCAGGCUAACCCCGACUACCAGAUGAGCGGGGACGACACUCAGCACAUCCAGCAGUUCUACGACCUGCUCACCGGCUCCAUGGAGAUCAUCCGCGGCUGGGCGGAGAAGAUCCCCGGCUUCACCGACCUGCCCAAAACCGACCAGGAUCUGCUCUUCGAGUCCGCCUUCCUCGAGCUCUUCGUGCUGCGCCUGGCGUACAGGUCGAACCCCGUGGAGGGGAAGCUCAUCUUCUGCAAUGGGGUUGUGCUGCACCGACUGCAGUGCGUCCGCGGCUUUGGGGAAUGGAUCGAUUCCAUCGUUGAGUUUUCCUCCAACUUGCAGAACAUGAACAUCGACAUCUCGGCGUUCUCCUGCAUUGCCGCCCUGGCCAUGGUGACAGAGAGGCACGGGCUCAAAGAACCCAAGCGGGUGGAAGAGCUGCAGAACAAGAUAGUGAAUUGUCUCAAGGACCAUGUGACUUUCAACAACGGGGGCCUGAAUCGCCCCAACUAUUUGUCCAAACUCUUGGGGAAGCUCCCCGAACUCCGCACGCUUUGCACACAGGGGCUGCAGCGCAUUUUCUACCUGAAACUGGAGGAUUUGGUGCCACCGCCAGCAAUAAUCGACAAACUUUUCCUGGACACUUUACCUUUCUAAGACUCUUCCCGUGCACUGACGCUGAACUCGAGGAACCUUCGCCCGUCGGAAGGGGACUUCACCUGGGCACGGGGCAGCGCGUGGGGCAGCAUGGCCCCCUCCCAGCCAGCGCUGAGCCUCCUGCGGGCGGAGCGCGACGGGGCGUUUGGCUCUGGGGCACCAUGGAUGCGGCUCUCGGACUUCACGAAUCCCAUGGUAUAAACUUUUUAUUCUCGGCUUAUAGAUGAGUUUAUUAUUGAGGACUUCUGGUUAAACAGACGAAGCGAUCUGGCGACGCCGGGCGCGCGGCUCAGAGCGAGAGGGGCAGCCCACGCACUGAGGGACCCGCGGGCAUCGCCUCCUAAAGACUUAAAGUUUUCUGCUGUAAAAGAAAGCUGUAAUAUACACAGAUCCUAAAUGUUCCGUGGGUGGCAUGCCAGGAAGGAAGGGAAAGGCUUGUACAGUUAUCAGACGCGGUUUGGCUUUUCUACAAAUGAACCCGUGCCUAGUUACCAAUCUAUAUGGGAACCAAUCCUAAAGAAUUCAGAAAUAAAAGCUCAACGUGUCUGGGGGGGGGAAAACGCAUUAAAAAGGAGAAGGAAAAGCGAAUCGCUCCGUGCGAGGGAAGCGUGACGAUCCCAAGGCGGCAAUGUUAUAGGCACUUGCUAUUCAGUAAUGUCUAUAUUCUAUAAAUAGUAUUUCAGACACUAUGUAGUCUGUUAGCUUUUAUAAGGACCGGUAGUUCUCUGAGCUUCAAACGUUUUCUCAGUUGUAAAAUAGGUGGGCACAAAAAGCGUUCCCGACCCCGAGCUCCUCGCAGAGGGACACAUAGUGUUUGUAAGCACCGUCCACAUCCCUUGUUUGUAGGUGUUGUAUGUACUGUUGAUGUCGAUUAAAAAGAAAAGAAGUUUAUAUCUUGAUUAUUUUGUCGUCUAAAGCGAAACGAACUUUGCAUGCAGCAGCUUCUGGCCGUUUCCAGAGCGCUUAUAAUUAAUAUACAUCGCUCCCUGGAAAUUACUGAGCACUUUGAAUUUUGGUUCUGUUUGGUUGGUUCUUUUCUUUUUUUUACUGUCUAAAACCGGUCGGUUAAUAUAUUCCUUUCUGUUGGAGUAAGAUUUU